GAAGCACACAACUAAGGUUGACGGAAAUGAAAUCCGCUACUGGCUUUCAAGUCAUUUUCCUCAUGAGCGACUUGAAACAAGCGGCAAGGUCAAGCCACAGGCCCUGAGGGGGAGAUGACAAAGGAGGAUGUUUCAGAUCCUGUCGAGGGGGACACCGUCCUGGGCUGCCACUCUACACUCUCUUCCCAUCAGCGGCCAGUUAUCCACCAGGUGGCCUCUGCACCCAUGCCCAGUGACUAUGAGUUUUCCUUCUUUGACCCCAGUGAGCUACAGUGCAGGGAAGUUCUUCUGGAUCCCCGCACCACAAUACCAGAGUUGUUUGCAGUCCUCAGGCAAUGGGUACCCCAGGUUCAGAAGAACAUCGACCUCAUUGGCAACGAGAUCCUAAAGAGAGGAUGUGGAGUGAAUGAUCGAGAUGGACUGACGGAUAUGAGCCUCCUGCACUACUGCUGCAAGGCUGGGGCCCCGGGCAUCGGUGAUGCAGACACAGCAGCCAGCUUUGCCCGCCAGCUCCUUGGUCUGGGGGCUGAUCCUAACCUCCGCUCACGCUGGACUAACAUGAGGGCCCUGCACUACGCUGCCUACUUCGACGUGCCCCAGCUUAUCCGGGUGGUCUUACAGGCUUCCCAGCCUGGAGAGGUAGAUGCCACCUGCAGUGACUUUGAUUUUGGCACCGCCCUGCAUAUUGCUGCAUCCAACCUGUGCACAUCAGCUGUCAAAUGUCUCUUGGAGCUGGGAGCCAACCCUGCUUUUAGAAAUGAAAAAGGACAGUGCCCGGCAGACGUGGUGCCUGACCCCCUCGACAUGCCCUUGGAGAUGGCAGAUGCAGCCGCCGUGGCCAAAGAGCUGAGAACUUUGCUGAGACAGGCUUUACCCAGACCCAGCUCCCCUUUGCCCCUCACACUGCAAGCCCAGUCCCCUCCUGCCCUCUCUGAUAAGGCCAGGAUACAACUCGCCACCAUGGGAAUCCGUCUGGGUGACCGCGUGGUGAUAGCUGGACAGAAGGUUGGAACUCUACGAUUCUGCGGCAGCACCGAGUUCUCUGGUGGACUCUGGGCUGGAGUGGAGCUGGACAAACCAGAGGGGAAGAACGAUGGCUCAGUAGCAGGGGUUCACUAUUUCACCUGUCGAAUCAAACAUGGAAUUUUUGCUCCGCUCUCCAAGAUUAGCAAACCUUUGGAAAGACAUAAAACCAGCACAACAAAGACAUCUACACCCAUACGCCCCCCUCGUCGCAUUGACCUGUCCCGCGUCACCUCCAAGAUAAAUACAGGUGUUCUCUCCCGCUCUCUUUCCUCUUCGUCCUCUUCACUCGACUCUCGGCAUGGGCCAGGUGCCCGACCUCGUCCACUGCCAAGGCAACGCCUUCCUGCCAGGCAGAGAAGGGAGCGCGGUUCCCUGAGCCCCAGGACCACGCCCUCACCAGCUCUCCGUUCUUAUUCUGGCACCACUGUGCUUACUACUGCAGGUAUUCGAAGCCGAACCCCCUCAGCCAGUAGCUCUGUGUGUGAGGGUUCUGAGGUCCGUCUGGGAGAAAGGGUGCUGGUGGUGGGCCAGCGAACAGGUGUAGUCCAAUUUUAUGGAAAGACCAGCUUUGCUCCAGGGCUCUGGCUGGGCAUUGAACUAGAUAAGCCAAGUGGCAAGAAUGAUGGAUCAGUGGGAGGAGUGAGGUACUUCAGCUGCCCACCAAAACAUGGCGUCUUUGCUCCUCCGUCUCGUGUUCAAAGGAUCCAUGGAUCAGUUGAUUGCCUGUCGGAGCUCUCCUCCUCACGCCUCAGUCAUCCUUUCAGUGGUGAGAGUUCUGCCUUCACUGCAAGGACAAUCCGUCGCAGUCUGAGCACAUCAUCGGCCAUCGCCACGCCAAAGGAGACGAGCAGAAAAAGUCCUGUUACCAGGAGUCGUUCCAACCCUCACCGGCGGCGCUGGAGCACUCUCAGUGGUGGUAGCGGUGGCGUUCCUGGGAACGCUGCAGGGUCCAGCCCCUCGGGCAGCUCUGAUGGACAGGUCCGCCUCCAUGUGGGCAUGCAGGUCCUCCUGAACAGUGCCAAUGAGAUGGCGUUCAUCCGUUACCUGGGCACAGCGGACUUUGCCCCAGGCCUUUGGCUGGGUCUGGAGCUCCGAAGCCCUAAGGGCAAGAAUGACGGCUCUGUGGGCAGCCGCCGCUACUUCACCUGUCGACCUGGCCAUGGUGUACUGGUCCGUCCCAGCCGCGUCACCUACCGCGGAAUCAACGGAUCGCACCUGGUGAAUGAAAACAGCUGAGUAUUGUAAGAAACGGAUUUGGUCUGACUUUCUGUUUACGUUCUACUCAAAGCAAAAGUUUUAAGUUUUAAAUUCUCAUUCUUUUUUGAAUUGAGCCUCAUUAAUUUCCUCCGUACAGUCCUCUACGCUCUUCAGAGUUGGUAUGAAUUACAGUAAUAAAGCUUAUUAAUAGUUCAAUUUAAAGUACUAGAUUAGUUCUUGGAGAAAAGUAGGAGGCAAAAAAAGCACUUUAGAAAAUUAACUUUAAAUUCUUCUUAGAAUUUUUCUCGGCAGGACGUGGAGGGAAAGUCUUAAUAAGACGUAAGACACUGCACUACUUUUGAUCUGAUUGCACUGACAAACAUGAACUUCAUAGAUCAGAAUAUGAUUAAAAUAAAUGGUAUGGAUGUGCACAAAGUAAAAACUAUUUCUAUACCCAAAGCUAAUUUUGAUCGCAUCAAGUAGAGAUUUUUAUCACAUAAUUUAGGUGGUAAUGUAGCUGCUCUAACCAAAAGUGUCUGUUUGUGGUUAUGUGCGCGUGUGCAUGCACGUGCAUGUGUGUAUUAAUUAAGAGCACUUAGAAACAAGUGAGAUUGAUUGAUUUUUCCAGGGUCAUCACAUGGUUUACAGAUAAGUGAUGGAAUAUGAGUUGAAACUGGAUUUUCAGUUUAUGAAUCAAUGUGAAUUAAACAGGAUUUAAUUAAGCCUAGACCUCUAUCAACCUCCAUCAGCAUACAACCGCAUCAACAGAAGCUGUUUCCUCCUCCAUACAUCAGUAUCUGCCACAGGCUGUCCAUCAACCCGACACAGAUAAAUGAUGGUUAUAUUGUGCAAUGGGGCCACAGAAAUCCUGUGGCUACGAACCCAUUCUUCUCUGUCAGAGUGAUGACAUUGUUGUGGCAGUGAUAUCAUUUAGGUACAGUCUAUUAAAUAACACUUUGGAGGUUGUCUUGAUAAGUAUAUUAACUUCAGCUGGGAACACGCCCGACGCCUGAAAGCUUGAUUAGAAACCUGAUUGUCUCCCUGACUGAUUUGUGUUGGGUUUGAAACUUUAAACUGUGCUGCUGACUGAACGUCAGAGCUGUCACAGCUGUCAAUGUUAUCUCACAUUUUCAGUUUUUACUGCUUGACUUUGGAAAAAUCUGAAGGUAAUUCUGUAGGUUGAACUGGGCAAUAUGUGAAUGUUGCUUGUUAAAUGUGCAACAUUUCCUCCAGUGUGUUUUCCCAGGUUUGGAUGUAGACAAACAAAAGCAGCUUGACACAGGAAAUAUGCAAUCAUCCAGAAGUUUCAAGGACAGAGUUUAUUUGAUUAGAGCCGUCUGAGCAACUCAGCAGAGAACAAGCCAUCGAUUGUGCAUGUGGAAAACAGGCCCACUAUUCAGUAAAACAUUCAUGUAACAUCCAAUUAGGGUGUGUAGGCCACAGCAGUAGCUGAGGAAUCUCCAAUGGCCUUCUCUCAUUGAUCUGUCUGGUCAGGCCCCCUGUGAUUGAAAAGCAGUGGUGGUCAGAGCCCAUGCAUGUCUGAAAUAUUUGCCACAGAGCUAACGGACGAAACAAGUGUCUUUUUCCAGAUUCCUACUGAGACAAUUAAUCCACUCUUUCUUCUUUGAAAAUAGCUUCUCAUUAGCAUUAAGGCCUGUCAUCAUUUCUGUGGCAUUUGUUAGUAUUCCACAUUUCAGGUCUCAUCUAUAGAUCUAUAGAUAUACUCCCCAUUGUAUUACAGCAUGAGUGAUUUCAAAUUGCACUGGUGCAUAUGAUGGGUAUGUGACUCUGGCUCUGUUUUCAUGUGGGUAAUAGAUUUGUUUGCUUUUUUUCCCCCAUGAAAUUCCUGAUGUGUACAUUUGAAGUGUGAGUGUGUGAGAGGGGGAUUUGGUCUAAUGCAUUUACAUGUUGUGGAAAAUAACAGUAUUUGUAAAAAAUAAAAUAUUCUAUUCAA